AUGUCAGGAAAGCCGCAGCAUAGCCGUCGGUUCAGGACUGCACUCAGUGAUGAACAAAUCAGGGCACUGCAAGAUGCUUUCCACAGGAACAUGUUCCCAGACCAGUGGGAAAUCCAGGAACUGGCUUCAAGGCUCCAGAUUAACCACAGGACUCUGCAGAUGUGGUUUAAAAAUCAGCAAGAUGUGGUGAUGCAGCAAAGAAACUAUCAGAGGAAUUCCUCUCUGGCAGCAUCCAAUCAGGCCAUGCUAAUGAGAGGAGGAGCAUCAUCCAACCAGGCCAUGCUAAUGAGAGGAGGAGCAUCAUCCAACCAGGCCAUGCUAAUGAGAGGAGGAGCAUCAUCCAAUCAGGCCAUGCUAAUGAGAGGAGCAUCAUCCAACCAGGUUAUGCCAGUGAUGGGUCAAUCAUCCAGCCAGCCUAUGUUCAUGAGAGAUCAGGAGUCACAGAAGAAUUCUGGAGAAAAGCAACAAGAGGCUGGUGCCUCUGCAAUGGAAUCCCUGCAACCUUCUCAGGGGUUUGACAUAGACCAAAUCGACCUGGGACCUUCCCCGCCACCCUGGGCAUCUAUGACCCAGGACAUAGAUGAAUUUGUGAAAAUGUAUGACUUGCCUGGGGAUGUUGACCCUAAAAGCUUUGAUAAGUAUCUCCCCCCAGGAUGCUUUGACUGA